UACAACGAAUAAUUAAUUAUUUAUUCAUUUAAUUGUAGAAUGGCCCACAGCUUUGGCGGUCGCAUCUCGAUAUAACAGUGAACGUUCAAACGGGCGCAGCGUAGUGCUCGCAAUGUCAACCAUUCGGCAGUUAACUUUACUCCUGUGCGUGGCGUGUGUCGUUCUGGCGCUCCCGACCCCUGAUAGUGCAGGAUCUUACCCCCUACCUGCACCUGGCUUAUCUUACGGUGGGAUUCCAUACGGCAGCGUGAGUGGAGAUGUAGCAAACUAUUUCAAUAGACGAGCGCCAUCUGUGUUUCAAGCUAAGCAACUAAAUGUUGCAAGCGUCAACUUCGCGCCGAUUGAUCAGUAUUUAUAAUAAUGGCGCUUACAAAUUGAUUAUUUAUUUAGAUUAUUGUAAUAAUACAUUUUGUAAUAAGUUUAUCGAAUUUUAAAUAAAAAAUGCGUAUAAA